CCUUCAGAACUGCACAGGAUGGCUGUUCCUCGCAACAUAAUCCGCCGAGCGGUCAUGUACGUCCCUGGUUCCUCCAAGAAAAUGCUCAAAAAGACCUCUUCCAUGAAAGUCGAUACGAUAGCCUACGAUCUCGAAGACAGCGUAGCCCCCCACAUGAAACCUGAAGCCCGCCAGAAUCUCUGCGCCAUCCUCUCUCAACCACGACCCAGCGGAAUCAAAGAAAGAUGCGUGCGAAUUAAUAGCGUUGACACCGGCCUUGCUCUCGACGACCUCACAUCAGUAUUGAAAGGCGACAACAUCGACGCUAUCAUGCUCCCUAAAUGUGACAGCGCCGCCGACCUGCACUUUGUAACCGAUGUGAUACGCCAUGUGCUUCCCGAGCGACACCCCUCGAAUCUCGUACAGAAAGAAGGACAGAAACCACCGAUAGCGAUAAUAGCGUUGAUAGAGAGUGCGCGGAGUAUCCAGAAUCUGUCCGAGAUAUGCAAAGCCAGCCCGUACGUGAGCGGGUUGGUGUUUGCUGCCGAGGACUUUGCAAAGGAUAUGUCAAUAACACGGACACCCUCGCUUUCAGAGUUCUUGUAUGCGAGAUCUGCUAUCGCUACGGCGGCUAGAGCUGCGUUGUUGCCUUCGACGAUUGAUCUCGUGUGUACUAGCUAUAAGGGCGAGCAAGGGCUGAAGACACUGGAGGAGGAGUGCUUGGGUGGGAAAGGAUUGGGUUUUAAUGGGAAGCAGUGUAUACAUCCUAGCCAAAUCGAGGUCUGUCAAAGAGCAUUCGCGCCAGGGGAGGCAGAAGUGGAAUGGGCAACAAGAGUGGUGGUGGGCGAUGAUAAGGCAAGUGCACAAGGCAGGGGAGCAUGGUCACUUGAUGGGAAGAUGAUCGAUGUACCAGUUGUCAAGAAAUCAAAGCUCGUAUUAGAGAGAGCGGAGCUUUGCGACAUAGACGUCGCUGCUGUAAGAGAAAAGUGGAAAGGGCAAGAGCCCGAGUAG